GGAUAAACAAAAUACUAGAAUUUUAUAUAAGACAUUUAAGAAUGUUUAUCAUGUAAAAGACGAUCCAAGAUGUAUAAAAUCCAUUCUCUCUAAAAGAAAACAUGAUAUUCCAACAUUGAUCAUCAUUGAUAUUGACUAUCAUUAUGAUUUACUCGAAAAAAUAUGCCAAUCAAUUCAAAAUUAUGAAAUAUCGACGACUGUAAUUCCAAUAGCUUGUUCUAGGAAUGAUGAAACAUCUAAUAUAAUGCGAUGUAUUGAAAAAGGAGCCCUUGACUUUAUAAUAAAACCAUUCAAUGAAUCUGUUAUCAAGACUUUAUUUUUGAAUAUUUAUAGAUAUAAUAAGAGUAAACAAAAUCAUCAAAAGCAACAAGAAAAAGAACAGUCGAUAAUAAUUACACAUUUCCAAGAUAGACUUAAAACUUUUAAUGAAACUAGUUCUAUCAGUUCUUUAUCAAAAGGCUAUCAAUGGAUAACAAAUCAUAUUUUACAAGAAUUUACUCCUCAACCGACCAUUAUUGAACGACUCUCUAUAACUUCUUUAUCAAAUGAACGUAAAUGUUACUUGAAACAAUUUAUAAACGACUGGAACUUUACGCCACUCGAAUUAAAUGAAAUAGAUUUGCUUUACUGUGUAUGUUCAAUCUUUGAACAAAUGUUUUUACAAUUUCCAGAACUAAACUCAUUACAAAUGAAUCAUGAUAUUAUUUUAGAAAUGACUAUAAAUAUUUGUAAUUCAUACCAUAAUUCAAACCCUUAUCACAACUUUAGACAUGCGGUAGACGUGUUACAGUCUACAUGGUAUUUUCUAUGUGCAAUAGGUUUGAUUGAAUCUCCUUGCUCGUUAACAGAAAAUAAUCACUCUAUAAAAAUACCUUCAUUUACCACUCAUAAUAAUCAAAUUAAAGAAUUACUACAACCUAUUGAUAGACUGGCAUUAUUGAUAGCUAGUAUAGGACAUGAUGUAGGGCAUCCAGGCGUGAAUAAUCAUUUUAUGGUAACUACUGCUAAUCCUCUAGCUAUUUUCUACAAUGAUAAAUCUGUUCUGGAGAAUUAUCAUUCAAUGGCAUUUUUCAGUCUAUUACAUAAGCAUCUCGCUCAUAAUAUCAAUUCACAUCCAGAAUAUAAAUCUUUUAGAAAGACUAUUAUCCAUGGAAUUUUAUGCACAGAUAUGGACCAUCAUCAAGAUCAUGUUCAAAAUAUAAAAUUAUUGAUACAACGCAUACAAAAUCAAGAAUUAGACUUAUCGACUGAAGUAAAAAAGGAAAAAGAAAAACUGAUUUUGAUUAGUGCUAUUAUGAAAUGUGCCGAUAUUAGUAACUGUGCGAGACCAUUUGAGAAUGCUAAAAAAUGGGCUAUUAUGCUUGUUAAAGAAUUUUCAUUACAGAGUGAACUAGAAAAGGAAUUAUGCAUUCCAGCCAUUCCUAUUAAUGAACAUGACAGUAAUAAUAAUGUGGCAUUAGCCAAAUUUCAACUCUCCUUUAUCAAAAAUAUUGCAUUUGAUCUAUAUCUUUCUAUGAAUCAAUUAUUUCCAGAAUUCAACUUUUGUAUACAAAAUAUUCAAGAUAAUAUGGAUAAAUGGUCAAUAACAACGAUUCAAGAAAAUAUAAAAAAGUAUAAAAAAAAAUUUUUUUUCUCCCCUUUUUUCCUUUUAUAAUACAUUGAAUAAGGAAAAGGAUGAUAAUAAAUAGACUUUUGAGAAUAUUAUCCUAUACAAGAGAAAUUGUCAUUACUUGUACAUUCCUUACCAUUCUUUAUUUAAGAUCCAGCCAUAU